AUGGCUGGUGGUCACAAGAACAAAUCCGCAGGCCUUGCGCCUCCGUUAAAAACUCUUGUGCUCGACAACGGUGCAUACACCAUCAAGGCUGGCUUCGUCUCCGAAGAGGUCACCGAAGAGCCCCGAGUGAUUCCCAACUGCAUUGCUAGAGACCGAGCAAGGAAGGUCUACGUCGCGUCUGAUCUGGACAAGUGCCGCGAUUUCGGUGAGAUUCAAUUUCGGCGACCGGUAGAGAAGGGGUACAUCGUCAACUGGGAGGCUCAGAAGGAGAUUUGGGACCACGAGUUCUUCAACGACAAUGCACCUCAGAGAUGCGACCCCUCAGAAACCAGGCUUCUCCUCACAGAGCAGCCCAACUCGCUGCCUAUGCUCCAAUCCAACUGCGACCAGAUCGUUUUCGAGGAAUAUCAAUUCGCAAGCUACUAUCGCGGCAUCGGCGUCUCCUUCAACGCGUACCACGACGUCCAAGGUAUCCUUCAGACACCCCGAGACCCUAACACGAUACCCAAUCUCCCGGCUGAAGUUGUGCUGUUGAUCGACUCUGGCUACUCAAACACAAUCGUUAUGCCCCUUCUCAAGGGCAGACCGCUACACUCCGCUGUACGUAGGCUCGACGUUGGUGGGAAGCUCAUGACGAACUACCUGACGCGCCUUCUGUCUCUGAGGUACUACGAUAUGCGCAACGACACUUACAUUGUCAACGAGCUCAAAGAACAGGCCAGCUACGUUUCAAUGGACUUCAACGGAGACCUUGAGAAGACUUGGAAAGGUACUCGGGGCGAGAGGAGGGAACCGUAUGUCACCGGAGCCGGCAUUGCAAAAGAUUACGUCUUGCCCGACUUCCACACGCGAACCAAGGGCCUUAUUCGAGACUACGACCCUGCGAUGCAUAAAAAGGCGAAGAAGAUGGCGGCACGAACCUCAGACAACGACGAAGACAUCCUGACGCUCCGAAACGAACGAUUCGCCGUUCCCGAGCUGCUUUUUCAACCUUCUGACGUUGGCCUCCGUCAACCUGGUCUUGCCGAUGUUAUCAUGCAGUCUCUGUCCGAACUACCCAUCGGGCUCUGGCCUGGCCUGUUAGCCAAUAUUGUUGUUGUUGGCGGCAACGCCUUGUUUCCCGGUUUUAUUCAGCGACUGGAGAAGGAGCUUGUCAAGAGAGUUCCUGAUGCCUGCAUCGUUCGGGUCGCGCAUCCCGUCAACCCCAUCACUAGCACUUGGGAAGGAGGCGCCAACCUGGCUAAACACCCAGACAUUCACAAGUUCUCUGCUACGAAGCAGGAGUACGAAGAGUACGGUGCUUCAUGGGUCGCACGAAAGUUCGGCUCUGGGAACACCAGUGACUGA